AUGGAUUUUGUGAAAGUGGGAAGAUGCCAUAGUACUGAAAAGCCGAGAUCUGGUCUGCAUUCUGCUGUAGUGCAGAGUGUCUGUCAUUUCCACGCAUUGGGAUUUCCAGAUGCAAAAAGAUCGGGAAUAUUAGAUAUUACAGAAUUUCACGGUAAACCGCUGCAUUAUUAUCUUUUGAAUUUCGGUCCUGAAUAUUCAGCAGUUCAUGGUAGUUAUGAAACAGCACCUCACGUUGGAUUACUGCAUUUUGCCACAGAAAAUGAUUCAGCAGAAGACGUACAUCCAAGCUCUUCCAUAUUUUGA